GGUGCACGCGGCAUGGACGGAGUUCAGGGAAUGAAGGGUGAGCGAGGGCUUCAAGGCGGCUCAGGAGCUGUCGGCCCAGCUGGACCUGUGGGUCUGAUGGGCCCGCCUGGGGUGAUGGGCUACGAGGGUGAAAAGGGUUCGGUUGGACCCAGAGGAGCCCUGGGUGCUCAAGGACAACAAGGAGGAACCGGACUUCCAGGACCUAUGGGUCCCACAGGGGCUCAGGGCGAAGAGGGUCCUACGGGACCACAAGGCCGUCUAGGUCGACCCGGUUUUCCUGGAGUAAAAGGUGACCCUGGACCAACAGGUUCCCCAGGUGGUCCUGGAAUGCCAGGAAAGGAUGGUCAACCUGGCGCGCUGGGUCCCAUGGGACUAUCGGGGCCUAAAGGGGUCAAAGGGUUCCCUGGAGAACGUGGCUCUCUUGGAAAACAGGGCACAGAUGGACUAACCGGGCCUAUUGGAGAAAGAGGAGAGCCUGGAAGGUCAGGGCAGCCUGGCCAACGAGGAAAAAUUGGCGCGAGAGGUAGCCCUGGAAAACCAGGCCAGGAUGGCACUCCGGGGAUAUUAGGAGCAUCUGGAUCCCCUGGACCACAAGGGAUGAUCGGCAAUACGGUAAAGUGUAUACCAAUUCUAUUAUCACUGGCAGCGGAACGGGGAAAUUAG